UCGCGUCUUCGACGUCUCCGCUUAUUUCUUCCCCCAUUCGAUUUCUUUCUUCUUUCUUGUGAUCAGGGAAAAGGGAGGAACAAAGGGAGAGUUUGGCCUUUGGAAAGGAAGAGACCAAUUGGAGAUCCAACAUACAUUCGAGGAAGCCCUCGCCAGUUGAUCGCGUCCUCGUGAAUAUGAAAGGUCAAGGCAGCUAUGUUCCACCUCCAUAUAUUCCACUAGAUCAGUUGGAUACUGAAGCCAACAGUACUCCUGUGAAUAAUGGUUACUCUUCUCACCAAUCUGCAACGCGUGAUCUGACGCAAUGGUCUUCUGGAAUUUGUGCUUGCUUUGAUGAUAUGCAGAGCUGUUGUGUUGGUGCUGUAUGCCCAUGCUUCCUGUUUGGGAAAAAUGCAGAAUUCUUGGGAUCUGGAACACUAGCCGGGUCAUGCAUGACCCAUUUUAUAUUGUGGGGACUUGUCAAUAGUCUUUGCUGUCUGUUCACUGGAGGUCUACUUGCGGCAGUGCCUGGAUCAAUGGUUGCUUGUUAUGCAUGUGGAUACCGCAAGACACUACGGGCAAAGUUUAACCUGCAGGAAGCACCAUGUGGUGACUUGACGACUCACUUGUUCUGCCACUUGUGUGCCAUUUGUCAAGAGUACCGAGAAAUCCGUGAGAGAUCCAGUGGUUCAGAUCCUUCCAUGAUGUCCUCUGCCGUUGCUGCUCCUGCAGUCCAGACUAUGGAGUUAGCUCCACAUGAAUGAUGAAGUCGAAGAUAGUACGUGGGCCCACAUUGAUCGCCAGCGACACUGCUCUCUGCACCUCCUUGAGGAUAUGGCUUGUAGCUUUGAAAGAGCAGCUGAAAACGUCGAGUUCAAGCAUGAGUUUUGUAGUUUCAUGACUUUUAAAGCAGGAGUUCGAUAGGAGUGCCUAUAUUUUGUAAUCUUGGCGAGUUUUAAAGCAGGAGUUUAAUAGGAGUGCAAUUUUCAAAUA